GGCGCGGCCGCCGGGCCCAGCAGGUGACCGCGGCCAGGGGCUGGAGCCGGAGCGGAUCGCGGGCAGCGCCGCGAGGAGACGGCGCGCGGGGCCGGGCGAAGUUUGGCGGAACAUGGCGGAAGAGUCCGGGGCGCGCAGGAGCGCGGCGCGGUGGCAGCCGGAGCCCUGGGAGCUGUAGCCGCCGCCGCUGCCGCGGGGCGAGGUCGCCGCCAUGGCCCGCUGGAUCCCGACCAAGAGGCAGAAGUACGGAGUUGCGAUCUAUAACUACAAUGCCUCUCAAGAUGUGGAGCUGUCCUUGCAGGUUGGAGACACGGUUCACAUCCUGGAGAUGUAUGAGGGUUGGUACAGAGGAUAUACCCUCCAAAAUAAAUCUAAAAAGGGUAUUUUCCCUGAAACGUAUAUCCAUUUGAAAGAGGCCACUGUGGAAGACCGUGGGCAGCACGAGACUGUGAUUCCCGGGGAGCUCCCACUGGUACAGGAGCUCACCUCGACACUGCGGGAAUGGGCGGUCAUCUGGCGCAAGCUCUACGUGAACAACAAGGUCACGCUUUUCCGCCAGCUGCAGCAGAUGACGUACAGCCUGAUCGAGUGUCGGUCCCAGAUCCUGUCUGGAACCCUCCCCAAGGACGAACUGGCAGAGCUCAAGAUGAAGGUCACAGCCAAAAUCGAUCACGGGAACAGAAUGCUGGGGUUGGAUCUGGUCGUGCGGGAUGACAACGGGAACAUCUUGGACCCAGAUGAAACCAGCACCAUCGCCCUCUUCAAGGCCCAUGAAGUGGCCUCGAAGAGGAUUGAGGAAAAGAUCCAAGAAGAGAAGUCAAUUCUGCAGAACCUGGACUUGCGGGGCCAGUCCAUCUUCAGUGCCGUGCAUACCUACGGCCUCUAUGUGAACUUCAAGAACUUUGUCUGCAACAUUGGGGAAGACGCAGAGUUGUUCAUGGCCCUCUACGACCCGGACCAGUCCACGUUCAUAAGUGAAAACUACCUAAUUCGUUGGGGCAGCAAUGGAAUGCCCAAGGAAAUCGAGAAGCUCAAUAACCUUCAAGCGGUCUUUACUGACCUCAGCAGCAUAGACCUCAUCCGGCCCCGCAUCAGCGUCGUGUGCCAGGUUGUCCGGGUGGGCCACAUGGAACUGAAGGAGGGCAAAAAGCACACAUGUGGGCUCCGAAGACCCUUUGGAGUAGCAGUGAUGGAUAUUACCGAUAUCAUACAUGGGAAGGUGGAUGAUGAAGAAAAGCAGCAUUUUAUUCCCUUUCAGCAAAUUGCCAUGGAAACCUAUAUCCGGCAGAGGCAGCUAAUCAUGUCGCCCCUGAUAACAUCCCAUGUGAUUGGGGAGAAUGAACCACUCACUUCAGUCUUGAAUAAAGUGAUAGCAGCCAAGGAAGUGAAUCACAAAGGACAAGGACUUUGGGUGUCCUUGAAGCUACUGCCGGGGGACCUCACACAGGUUCAGAAAAACUUUUCACACUUGGUGGAUAGAUCCACAGCAAUCGCCCGGAAAAUGGGCUUUCCUGAAAUAAUCCUUCCAGGAGAUGUUCGGAAUGAUAUUUACGUCACCCUGAUCCACGGGGAGUUUGACAAAGGGAAAAAGAAGACACCGAAGAACGUGGAGGUGACCAUGUCUGUGUAUGAUGAGGAGGGCGGGCUCUUGGAGAAAGCAAUUCAUCCUGGUGCUGGAUACGAAGGCAUUUCCGAGUACAAAUCAGUGGUCUAUUACCAAGUCAAGCAGCCCUGUUGGUAUGAGACUGUCAAGGUAUCCAUUGCUAUAGAAGAAGUUGCUCGCUGCCAUAUAAGAUUUACCUUCCGACACCGGUCAUCUCAGGAAUCCAGAGAUAAAUCGGAGCGAGCCUUCGGGGUGGCCUUCGUGAAGCUGAUGAACCCGGAUGGCACCACUCUGCAGGACGGGAGGCAUGAUCUGGUGGUUUAUAAGGGUGACAACAAGAAAAUGGAAGAUGCUAAAUUCUACCUGACCCUGCCUGGAACCAAAGUGGAGAUGGAAGAAAAGGAGCUCCAAGCAUCCAAAACCCUAGCCAACUUUACGCCAAACAAGGAUAGCACAAAAGACAGCUUUCAGAUUGCCACCCUCAUCUGCUCCACAAAGCUCACUCAGAAUGUUGACCUGUUAGGCUUGUUAAAUUGGCGUUCGAACCCUCAGAACAUUAAACACAACUUAAAGAAGUUAAUGGAGGUGGAUGGAGGAGAAAUUGUUAAGUUUUUGCAAGAUACGCUAGACGCACUUUUUAACAUAAUGAUGGAAAUGUCAGACGAUGAAACAUAUGACUUCCUUGUGUUUGAUGCACUGGUGUUUAUUAUUUCACUGAUAGGAGACAUCAAGUUCCAGCAUUUCAAUCCCGUCCUCGAGACCUACAUUUACAAGCACUUCAGUGCCACUCUGGCCUAUGUGAAACUCUCCAAGGUACUGAACUUUUACGUGGCGAAUGCAGAUGACUCCAGCAAGACGGAAUUGCGUUUUGCUGCCUUGAAAGCCUUAAAGUACUUGUUUAGGUUCAUCAUCCAAUCUAGAGUGCUCUACUUGAGAUUUUAUGGCCAAAGUGAAGAUGGAGAUGAAUUUAGUAAUUCAAUCCGCCAGUUAUUUCUCUCUUUCAAUAUGCUGAUGGACAGGCCUCUGGAGGAAGCUGUCAAGAUCAAGGGGGCAGCCUUGAAGUACCUUCCUAGCAUCAUUAAUGAUGUCAAACUUGUGUUCGAUCCAGUUGAGCUCAGCGUGCUCUUCUGCAAGUUCAUUCAGAGCAUCCCUGACAACCAGUUAGUUCGCCAGAAACUGAACUGCAUGACCAAGAUAGUAGAGAGCAAUCUUUUCCGGCAGUCGGAGUGCAGAGACGUGCUGUUGCCUCUGCUGAUAGACCAGCUCAGCGGCCAGUUAGAUGACAACUCCAGCAAGCCUGACCAUGAGGCCAGCUCGCAGCUUCUGAGCUACCUCCUGGAAGUUCUGGACAGGAAGGAUGUGGGCCCCACGGCGCUGCACGUACAGCUGAUAAUGGAACGGCUGCUGAGAAGGAUCAACCGGACCGUGAUUGGGAUGAGCCGACAGUCUCCCCACAUCGGGAGUUUCAUUGCUUGCAUGAUUGCCAUCCUGCGGCAGAUGGACGAGAGCCACUACAGCCACUACAUCAGCACUUUCAAGACGAGACAAGACAUUAUUGACUUCCUCAUGGAAACUUUUAUCAUGUUUAAGGAUCUAAUUGGAAAGAACGUCUACGCCAAAGACUGGAUGGUCAUGAAUAUGACACAGAACAGGGUUUUCCUCCGUGCCAUAAAUCAGUUUGCUGAGGUUCUCACAAGAUUCUUCAUGGAUCAGGCAAGCUUUGAACUUCAGCUCUGGAACAAUUACUUCCAUUUGGCAGUCGCUUUUCUCACCCAUGAGUCCCUUCAGCUUGAAACCUUCUCACAAGCCAAGCGCAACAAAAUUGUAAAAAAAUACGGGGACAUGAGAAAGGAAAUCGGCUUUAGGAUCCGGGACAUGUGGUAUAACCUGGGUCCCCACAAAAUCAAAUUCAUCCCAUCCAUGGUGGGUCCCAUUCUGGAGGUCACACUGACCCCCGAAGUAGAGCUCCGGAAAGCCACCAUCCCCAUUUUCUUUGAUAUGAUGCAGUGUGAGUUCAAUUUCAGUGGAAAUGGCAAUUUCCGUAUGUUUGAGAAUGAGUUGAUCACAAAGCUGGACCAAGAGGUAGAAGGGGGAAGAGGAGAUGAACAAUACAAGGUCCUUCUGGAAAAACUGCUUCUAGAACAUUGCCGGAAACAUAAAUACCUCUCCAGCUCCGGAGAAGUAUUCGCGCUCCUGGUCAGCAGCCUCUUAGAGAAUCUCUUGGACUACAGAACCAUCAUCAUGCAUGACGAGAGCAAGGAAAACCGCAUGAGCUGUACCGUUAACGUGCUGAAUUUUUACAAAGAAAAGGAGAGAGAGGACAUCUACAUAAGAUACUUGUACAAGCUGCGGGAUUUGCACCGGGACUGUGAGAACUACACCGAAGCUGCCUACACUCUCCUUCUACAUGCUGAACUCCUGCAGUGGUCUGACAGGCCCUGUGUACCCCAUUUGCUUCAGAGGGACACUUACUAUGUGUAUACCCAGCAAGAGCUUAAAGAGAAGCUGUAUCAAGAAAUCAUAUCGUACUUUGACAAAGGCAAGAUGUGGGAGAAGGCAAUCAAGCUGAGCAAAGAGUUGGCUGAGAAUUAUGAGAGCAAAGUAUUUGACUACGAGGGCCUGGGUGAUCUCCUGAAAAAAAGAGCCUCAUUUUAUGAGAACAUCAUUAAGGCAAUGAGGCCUCAGCCUGAAUACUUUGCUGUUGGCUACUACGGACAGGGCUUUCCUUCUUUCCUACGGAACAAGAUCUUCAUCUACCGGGGGAAGGAGUACGAGAGGCGAGAAGACUUCAGCCUGCGGCUGCUGACCCAGUUUCCCAACGCCGAGAAGAUGACCAGCACCACGCCCCCAGGAGAGGACAUCAAGUCCUCCCCCAAGCAGCACAUGCAGUGUUUCACCGUAAAGCCAGUGAUGAGCCUGCCGCCCAGCUACAAAGAUAAACCAGUUCCAGAGCAGAUCUUAAACUACUACAGAGCCAAUGAAGUACAGCAGUUCAGAUAUUCUCGGCCAUUCCGGAAAGGAGAAAAGGAUCCCGACAAUGAGUUUGCUACCAUGUGGAUUGAAAGGACCACGUAUACGACUGCCUAUACCUUCCCUGGGAUUCUCAAGUGGUUUGAAGUCAAACAGAUUUCAACAGAGGAAAUCAGUCCUCUGGAGAAUGCCAUUGAAACCAUGGAGCUCACCAAUGAGAAGAUCAGCAACUGUGUCCAGCAGCACGCCUGGGACCGGUCCCUCUCCGUGCAUCCCCUCUCCAUGCUGCUCAGUGGCAUCGUGGACCCGGCUGUCAUGGGGGGCUACUCCAACUAUGAGAAGGCUUUUUUUACAGAAAAGUACUUGCAGGAGCAUCCUGAAGACCAGGAGAAGAUCGAGCUGCUAAAGCGACUAAUAGCAUUGCAGAUGCCUCUGCUGACAGAGGGGAUCCGUAUCCAUGGGGAGAAGCUGACGGAGCAGCUGAAGCCACUGCACGACCGGUUGUCUUCUUGCUUCCGGGAACUCAAGGAGAAAGUGGAAAAGCUCUAUGGGGUUAUAACACUGCCGCCCAACUUGACGGAGAGGAAGCAAAACCGCACAGGGUCUAUGGUGCUCCCCUACAUCAUGUCGUCCACACUGCGGAGAUUGUCCAUCACCUCGGUGACUUCCUCUGUGAUCUCCAGCUCUUCUAACUCAUCUGAUAAUGCUCCUUCCAGACCAGGAUCUGAUGGGUCCAUCCUGGAGCCCCUUUUGGAGCGCAGGGCCUCAUCAGGGGCCAGAGUGGAAGAUCUGUCCCUCAAAGAGGACAGUGAGAACCGGAUGAGCAAGUUCAGGAGAAAAGACUGGAGUCUCAGCAAGUCCCAGGUCAUCGCAGAGAAAGCAUCGGAACCUGAUCUGAUGAGCCCAACCAGAAAAGCACAAAGGCCAAAGAGUCUCCAGCUGUCGGACAAUCGGCUGACACCGUUUCAUGGCUCUUCCCCGCCUCAGUCGACACCCCAGAGCCCACCCCCGCUCACUCCUAAAGCGACCAGGACCCUGAGCUCCCCAUCUUUGCAGACAGACGGGCUGAUGAUGGCUGCAGUCCCACCUCCCCCUCCCCCCAAAAGCAAGCCCUACGAGAGCAGCCGGAGGAACUCCACAGAGAUUGCAGCCCCACUGCCUGUCCGGAGAGAAGCCAAAGCCCCGCCCCCUCCACCUCCAAAAGCUCGGAAGUCGGGCAUCCUUUCUUCUGAACCUGGUUCCCAGUAAGGAUCUCAUCCUCCCUCUGGAACUCUGAUGCCUGGGAGCUGGCCUCGGGGAGGCAGUGUCCUCAUUGCCUGGGUCCCCUGCUGCCUGCCUCUCCUCGUCUGGGAUUGAGGUUCACCAGCUCAAAACUGGUUUCAUUCUUUGGAAAGCUUCUCUUUGAUCGAUGCCCGAGGCCACGCCAUAUCUCCUCCAGUCCACGAGGAAUGCCGGAAUCGGCCGUGCCCCGUGUUUCUCCCUCACCAUCAUUACAUUUCAGCCUCCAGCACAGUGCCACUGGGGUCCACGAAAGCCUGGAUAAGUUCUUCAGUGGUGGUGGGAAAACCCCAGUAACCUAUUCCUUGGAGGAAUUUCUUGCUUUGCUUCUGAAAAGCUGUGCUUAAGACGUAGUUUUCUCACAUGGACAUACCUUGUUCCAUACAACAUAUUGGAAGAGACCAACAUCAAGUACUUUGGUGGCCGGAAUCAUCUAUCUUUCUGAGGUCUCCUGUGUCUCCUCUGUGGAAAAGAACCUCUUUUUAAUGGAGAUUGGCUGCUUUCAAGUAUGAAUGGCUCUCAUUAUCGAAAGAACAUGGACUCGGUCGUGAGCCCUGAGCACCUGUGUCCCCCCACCCACCUGUGACAUGGAAAAGCUGCCCUCCUUCCCCCCCGCCCCGCGCCAGGAGUUCACUCACACUCCCGACUAAUGGUCCUAACUGCAAGGCAGUCACUCCUUCCUACCAUGGACUCCUGAGGCUCUGUCUUUUGCACACAGUUUCUUGUCCUGUUACCUCCUCUGAGCUCAAAUCACUGGAUAUAAGGGACUUAGAAGUCCGGAUUGAACUGCUUCUCUUCCAGAUCCCAUUGGAAUGGCUCUGCAGCCCCUGUCUGCAACCUGAUUUUACCCUGGAGAAUACAGUGCAAUAUCUCGCUUUGAUUAUUUAUUCCUCUUGAUUGUGGAAUUAAUUUGAUGACAUGUUCAUGGUACUCAUGUCAACCCUCUUUUCAGAAGAAAAAGUGGGGUGCUUCAGAGGAUCAAAUAUUACCACCAGAUACACAAACAGCCACACAAAGUUAAAGACCUUUUGAGCUGGAAGGGCCUUAAAGCUCAUACAGACACCCCCCCCCCCCUCAUUUUGUAGAUAAGGAAAUUGAGGCUAAACACACAAAAUCCUACUACAGAUUCUUUCUAAUAACCCAGCUUGCUCAUUGAGAUAGAGAUAACAUCUCUAGAAGACAACCCUGACAAAUUCUUCAAUCCCUACCCCUAGUUGGAACAACAGUGGAAAUGUCCCAGAUGUUUCUAUACUGUUUGGGUGUUUAUGGCAAAAUAGAAACCUUUUUGACUGUGGAUGCCCUGGGUCAACCUGUGGGUAUGCUCACCGGGGGCUCUUCCACAGCCUGGCCAGGUCCCCUUUCCUUCGAGGUAGACAAGAAAGAGAGAGAGAUUUCACCUCUGAGAAUUUGGGUUUGCUUGCCUGCAUCUUCGUGUGUCUGUUUCACCCCUUUUAGGAGAACCAUGUGAAUUCAUCACAGGGUCAGGGAAGUAAAAACCUCUGAGAUGUGUCCAUGGUUACUCAAGAAAUGAGUGUGCAUAUUUAAAAGUGCUGCGUUCUUUCCUUGGCUCCACGCAGGAGCACCUGCAGUGUGAUGAAAUGGGAAGAAACCCAGGCUCUGGAAGUAACCCCGUUGGGGUUUGAAUCAACCCAGCUAUGUCCUCUCUCAGCUUUGCAAACUCCCUCAAAUUAUUUGAAAUUGUCUUGAGUUUUCAUGUCUUCACCUUUCAAAAUGGGGACCAUCCCUACCAUGCAAGCUGCCUUGGGGUUCAAGUGAGACCGAAUACGUGAAGUAAGUCCUCACGAAAUGUGCCUUUCUUGUCUCUGCUGGGCCUGGGUAAGAUCUGGAACUCUCCACGAGCAUGAUUGAUAUUCCUUUUUUUUUUUUUUCAAAGAUAAUUUGGAAGGUGGGUGCAGGUUAGUUCGGCACACAACAGUCCCUUUCCAAAAGGUGGCCUCUUAUAUAAUUAUGUAUGACUAGAGACAAAGUGUUAAUAAGACCUGGAGGGGGGGAAUUCCCUGCCACUCCAGUGGUUAAGACUCCAUGCUUCCAGUGCAGGGGGUGUGGGUUCGAUCCCCGGUCGGGGAACUAAGAUCCCACAUGCCGCGCAGCUCCGCCAAAAAAAAAACACAAAAGACCUGGAGGGGAUUUUAAGUGGCAAGAAAAGAGCAGGAAGGGACAGAGUCUGCAGGGCUGACAUGGUGCCUGGAGCAGCUUCUGAGAAGUUGCUGGGCAGACUGGCUGGAGGGGAUUCGGGGGCUUCACCCUGCUUUCCAGGCUGCCGUUAAACUAGAAGGACGUAAACUAGGUCACAGAAGAAACAAACCUGAAGCCUGUCCCUUCCGAGCUGUAGGGAUGAGUUGUGAGCCUGAUCUUUGGUCAGAGGCUGGGGACAUCGGAUACACCGGUGCCCAAAUAUCUUCCCUUUUUUAACGUAACAUUUUCCCAUGGGCUUCCCUUUCCACAUCCAUGGAAAUCCUAGAUCUCUCCUGCCUGAAUACAAAGGAUUCCAGGUAAUGUUGGGAAUAGUCGGUCACAGGGGACAUUGGCCAGUUCAUCUCCUUGGGAAACUAUUAAGUCAGAAAGAGUUAUAUUUGACAAAAGAUCCUAAGGAAUGUCUGUCUUGAAGUCAAAGAGGAAAACUGCAAAGAAAUGCCUUAGGAUUACCUUAAAUGUAGGAGAGAUGAGGGGCAGGGCAUAAAAAAGAAACAACUGGUCUUUAUAUUCCUUGAUAAGAACUGUGAAGUUCUUGGUCUUGUGAAGACCUUGGUUGUAACCCCCAAAUUGUCACAACCUUUGUGGAUGUUGGUUUAUGGGAUUUUUUUUUUUUUUUUAAUCCUUUUUUAUCCUCUCUCUCUGUCCUGGUGACUUGUCUUGCUUUGAGAUUUUUUUUUCAAGAAUUGUUUUCAUUCAACAUAUAUUAAGCUCUUACUGAAUGCCAGACACCUUCCUAGACCCCCAGGCUGUGGCGAUCCAGUGUGUUCUAAGGGAACAGCCCCGGGAUGUAAGGACUGCGGUGUGCCGUGGGAUUGGCAAGAGAGUGGGUUUAGAGGAAAGGGAAACCCUAAAUCAGGCUCCUGGGCCAUGGGUUCCCUCCCCCUCCUCCACCUUCACGCCUUGAUUCCAGAAUUACAGUCAUUUUCCCCUGUCAGAGAGACCCCUUAAAAACAACUGCCACCCUCAGAUCCCUAAGACAAAACCAGCGAUAAAGCAGGAUCUGAGCUAACAAUCUCUCUGCUAACUCUUCCCAAGCUUCAAGGGUCCUGCCCCUCUGCUUGCCCCCAGAUCGUGGGGUGAUUUCUUGUUUUAAAAUUAAGACAUAACUGGGACUUCCCUGGUGGUCCAGUGGUUAAGACUCCGCGCUUCUACUGCAGGGGGCACAGGUUCGAUCCCUGGUCAGGGAACUAAGAUCCCGCAAGCCACAUGGCGCAGCCAAAAAAAAAAAAAAAUUAAGACAUAACCUACAUACAGUUAAGGGCACAAAUCUUAGUGUACAGGUGGAUGCACUUUUACAGUAGUGUCUACCCAUGUCACCACCUCUCAGAUGCACAGGCUACUCCCAGCCCCACAGAAGUUUCCCUCGUGUCCAUGCUGUCAUUUUAUAAAAGGUAUUUAGAAGGCCCUUCAAUAUGUACUUCCCUUCCUCACACUUCUCAGCUAUAAUGAAAAGGGGAGAAAAACCCCACCAUCAACACAAAACAAGACUGUGAAGGGUGUACCUUGUGGCAGGUCAGUUUGUAGUCAGUCUCUGGACCUCAGUUUCCUCAUGAAAUCAUAUAUAUUUGAGGUUACAUGAUUUUUAGAAUCCUUUCAGCCCUAGCUUUUAUUCUAAGUGAAUGAAAAACAGAGUCAGAAGAAAACUAACCUUCUCUUCAAAGGCUUUUAGGUCCAUACUCCAUGACUAAGUAGGAUUGUAAAAUUAAAUUGGAAAAGGUAAGUUGCUCCUUGGGUGGGUUGAGAGUGGAACCGUCAGUUCUAAUCUACAAAAGGAAAAAGUUUUCCUUUCAAGUUGAUGACUUCAGGCUGAUUCCUGCAAUCCAGCCAAGGCUCGUCUCCUUUAUAUGCUGCCCAGAUUCAUCCAGUAGUGAAGUUUUGUGAGUUGUUCACCCAAACUUUGUCAAAAGCUCAGUUGCCUUGAUUUUGUAAACUAGUCGGAUUUCAAACAUGAACAGUUAAGAAGAUGUGCGUUGAAGUAGAAAAAUUUUGUUCACAUUUGCUGUUAUUUAUUUUUUAAAUUAAAAAUGGAACUGUAUUUUAAAA